ACGAGCAUUCAGUUUGAUUUGGUCAACUCAAGUGUAGUAUUUUUUCACUAGUUGAAAAUUCUAUAUAGAUCUCUCUACCGUUGAUAAUUUCUUUUGACAAGUAUUUUCAUUUUACUUACUGCAAAACUAUCAACAUGCGGUGGCAAUUUUCGUUAUAUUUUUCGAUAUUUUGUUUCAUUUUUGUAAAAGCCAAGUCCAUCCCGGAUUCCACAGAAGAGCAACAGAAACAAAACAGAUUUCAGAUCGAUUAUGAACGUUUACCGAAGGAUAAUGAGUAUAACGAUAUGCUCGUUGGUUUGCCACUCAGCUUUGACUGGAGAACAGAAGGAGGAGGAGCGGUGACUGAAGUAAAGGAUCAGAAUAAGGAUGAGUGCUCUGAAGCUGAUUGGGCUUUUGCCGCAGUUGGCGCUUUGGAAGGACAAUUAUCAAUCAACGAUAAGACUAAAGUAAAUCUUAGCGCACAAGAACUUAUUGAUUGCUCCACUAAUGGCGGAAAUUACGGUUGCGGAGGCGGAGAUGUCAAAAAAGCAUUCAAUUACAUCACAGCAAAUGGUAUUUCAACUCAAGAAAAAUAUCCAUACAUCGGAAAAAAUGGCAACUGUAUCAAAUUAGAGGACAAUCAAAAAGUUGCGAAACAUGCCACCAUAGAAUUGGAGCCAAUUCCCUACGGUUCUGAACAAGAAAUGAAACAAAAACUCAAGUCAGAGGGACCCAUAUUGGCCAUCAUUGAUGGUUCUCAAGAUUCUUUCUUGGAGUACAAAGGAGGAAUUUAUCAAGAUGGCAACUGCGCUAAAAUUGGAAAACAUAACGUUCUAAUUGUUGGUUAUGGUGAAACUGAUGCAGAUCCAAAAGAGGAAUUCUGGAUUGUGAAAAAUUCUUGGGGUGAAGAGUGGGGCGAAAAAGGAUACAUUAGAAUAGCACGCGGAAAAAAUACCUGUGGAAUAGCCACCAAUGCAACUUACAUUGAAUACAGCAAAUAGAUGAUGUUAAAUAGCAUUUUAUGGUCGACUUUUUAACGAUUAGGCUAUAUUAUUAGUUCUAUUAAAUAAUGUAUGAGUAUAAUGUAUGUAUUUAUUCAGUAGAUACUACAGACGUCUAUCAGUGUAAUCCGUUAUAAGUACAAAAUAAAAGAUUUUUAAACCUUG